CUCCUCUGUCUGUCCCAUCAUAAUUAGAAAGCUAGUAUCCGUCAAUGCAGUUAGAGCUAAUGGGGCAGUGGAGUGAAAAAACAUGUUUCAUGAGGAUAUUCUUUGAAAAAGAGGACCGUUUUUGUCAAGUGUUCAGUUUUGCUGGGUGACACGAGAGGUAGCGAAUAUUGCGCACCAGCGUGUAAGCGAGCCAUAGCUUGGUAGCAGCCACUUUCAAUAUUGCUAAUAAAGCCCUAUCUGGAUAGCUGUCUUCAGCUUGUUUCCGCCUAUAGAGGCGGGUUACUAUACGAAACAUCCAUAGGCAACGGAAAACAACAACUUGCCACAAUUUCCUUUGUUUCAAGCUCUAAUUGAAGAUGCUUCCUGGACCGGAGCUAACAUUACUGCUCUGGAUCUUCAGUUGCAUCAGCAGCCUCAGCUCAGCAUCUUCAGCAUCCAGGAAAUGUGAUGAAGUGUUGGCCACACCCCUCUCCCACACGGCUUUCACCAGCUCCUCUGUGUACUCCGGUGGAUAUGGGGCUGGAUACGCAAAGCUCAACAGGAGAGGAGGUGCUGGAGGCUGGUCUCCAGUGGAUGCUGACCGUUACCAGUGGCUGCAGGUGGACCUGGGCACCAGGAAGCAAGUCACCUUUAUCGCCACACAGGGCCGGUACAGCAGCUCUGAUUGGACAACCCAGUACAGACUCCUGUACAGUGAUACAGGAAGGAACUGGAGACCAUAUCUGCAAGAUGGCAACAUAUGGGCAUUUUCAGGCAACUCCAACAGCGAGAGUGUGGUCCGCCAUGAUCUGCAGCAUGCAAUCAUAACACGCUACGUCCGCUUCAUCCCACUGGAGUGGAGCGAAGAGGGGAGGAUCGGCCUGAGAGUGGAAGUCUAUGGCUGUUCUUACUGGGCAGAUGUGAUCAACUUCGAAGGCCAGGGUGUGAUCUCCUACCGCUUCAAGAUGAAGAAGAUGAAGAUCUUGAAGGACAUCAUCUCCCUGAAGUUUAAGACCACGGCCAGUAACGGUGUGCUCCUGCACGGGGAGGGACAGCAGGGAGACUAUAUCAGCCUGGAGCUGAAGAGAUCCAAACUACUGCUCAUGAUCAACCUGGGCAGCAAUCAGUACGGCUCCAUCCUCGGGCACACCUCCGUGACAAGCGGAAGUUUAUUGGAUGAUGACCAUUGGCACUCCGUAAUUAUUGAGCGUUACCGACGGAAUGUCAACUUUACCCUGGAUCGCCACACACAGCACUUCCGCACCAAUGGUGAAUUUGAUCAUCUUGACCUGGACUAUGAGAUCAGUUUUGGAGGCAUGCCCUUCUCUGCCAAGCCCAGCACAGGAGGCAGGGAGAACUUUGUUGGCUGCAUGGAGGGCAUCACCUACAACGGAGAUAACAUUACCAACCUGGUUAAGAGGAAGAAAAUUGAUACUUCAAGUUUUAGGAACCUGACAUUCUCCUGCAGCGAGACACACUCCUUCCCCUUGUUCUUCAACGCCACCAGCUUCCUGCGUCUUCCGGGGCUGCCGGACAGUGACACCCUGUCGGUCAGCCUGUCCUUCCGAACGUGGAACCCCAGCGGUCUGCUCCUCUACACGGCCCUGGCCGACGGUGUGGUGGAGGUGGGCCUCACCCAGGGAAAGGUCACUGUCUACAUCAACGUCACCCAGAAGAAGAACACGCGCAUAGACAUCUCCUCAGGUUCGGGGCUCAACGACGGCCAGUGGCACAACGUCUAUCUCCAUGCUCUGGAGAACUACGCCAUGCUGACCAUCGAUGGUGACGAGGCGUCCACCGUCAGAACGGUCAUUCCCAUUCAGAUUAGAACAGGGGGCCAAUACUACUUUGGAGGCUACUUCCUGCGUACCAACACUCCCCCUGCCCAGCGCUCCUUCCAGGGCUGUAUGCAGCUGAUCCACGUGGACGACCAGCUAGCUGACCUGGUGGCGGUAGAGCAAGGCAACAUGGGAACCUUUGAGAAUGUCAGCCUGGAUAUGUGUGCCAUCAUAGACAGAUGUGUCCCUAACCACUGUGAACAUAGAGGCCGCUGCUCUCAGACCUGGGAUAGUUUCAGCUGCUUCUGUAACGGGACAGGAUACACCGGGGCUACAUGCCAUACCUCCGUGUAUGAACAGUCCUGUGAGGAAUACAAACACCUUGGUAAAACAUCUGGCUCGUACUGGAUCGACCCUGAUGGGAGUGGUCCUGUUGGCCCCUUCAAAGUCAACUGCAACAUGACUGAGGACAAGGUGUGGACGACAGUGAGAAACAACCUGUCUCCCCAGACUUCAGUGAGUGGCUCAGACCUGGAGGGGAAGGCUGUGCUGCAGCUCAAUUACAACAUGUCCACAGAGCAGGUGACAGCCAUCACGGGCAGUGCGGAGUACUGUGAACAGCAUGUUGCCUACGCCUGCCGAAUGUCUCGACUGCUCAAUACGCCAGAGAGAUCUCCAUUCACAUGGUGGGUUGGCAGGGCCAAUGAGAAGCAUUUUUACUGGGGUGGUUCAGGCCCAGGGAUCAAGAAGUGUGCCUGUGGAAUCGAGAGGAACUGCACCGACCCAAAGUACUACUGCAACUGUGACGCUGACCAAACGCGGUGGAGAGAGGACGCUGGUCUCCUGGUGUAUAAAGACCAUUUGCCUGUGAGUCAGGUGGUGGUUGGUGACACUAAUCGUGCUGGUUCUGAGGCUAAAUUGACUGUGGGUCCACUGCGUUGUCAAGGAGAUGGUAACUACUGGAACGCAGCAUCCUUCAACACGCCUGCAUCCUACCUGCACUUCCCUACCUUCCAAGGAGAGACCAGUGCUGACAUCUCUUUCUAUUUCAAGACUUCCUCCUCUUAUGGCGUUUUUCUGGAGAACCUUGGCAACGCUGACUUCAUCCGCCUGGAACUAAAAGCUGCCACGGUGGUGUCCUUCUCCUUUGAUGUGGGCAACGGUCUGGUGGAGCUGAGUGUGAGGUCGUCCACUCCUCUAAAUGAUGACCAGUGGCACAGGGUGGUGGCUGAGCGCAACGUGAAGGAGGCCGUGCUGCAGCUGGAUGGGCAGUACAAGGACGUUCGCCCUGCGCCCCCACAGGGUCACACCCGCCUGGAGCUAUACAGCCAGCUCUACGUGGGUGCAUCAGGUGGCCAAAGGGGGUUCCUAGGAUGUAUCCGUGCCCUGAAGAUGAACGGUGUGACCCUUGACCUGGAGGAGAGGGCGAAGGUCACUCCAGGGGUUAAGCCUGGCUGCUCUGGCCACUGCACCAGCUAUGGGCAGCACUGCAGAAACGGUGGCAAGUGCAUGGAGAAAUACAACGGUUACUCAUGCGACUGCACCUUGACUGCCUAUGACGGGCCCUUCUGCACUGAAGAUGUGGGCGGCUUCUUUGAGAGUGGAACACUAGUUCGUUACGACUUCCUUCCCGAGGGGGGCCUUCCAGCCAUCAGGGAUGUGAAGAGCCUGUCUCCCCUGCUGCCCACGGAGGGCAACCUGACCCAGGAGGAGCUGGUGUUCAGCUUCAGCACCUCCAACGCCCCAAGCAUCCUGGUCUACAUCAGCUCCAGGACCCAGGACUACCUGGCUGUGGUGCUCAGACACAAUGGAACACUUCAGAUCCGCUACAGCCUUGGAGGCCUGAGGGAGCCGUUCACCAUCAACCUGGACCACCGCAACAUGGCCAACGGGCAGCCCCACCACAUCAAUAUCUCCAGGCAGGAGAGGAACAUACGGCUGCAGUUGGAUCAUUACCCCCCAGUCAGCUACACUCUGCCUGAUGGCUCUGACACUCAGUUCAACCUGGUUAAGACCAUAUUCCUGGGGAAAGUUUUUGAAACUGGCCAGAUUGACCCAGUCCUCAUAGAGAAGUACAACACCCCAGGGUUCGUGGGCUGUCUGUCCAGAGUUAAUUUCAACAACAUCGCCCCUCUGAAGGCAGCGCUGAGGUCUGGCAUCGUCGCCCCGGUGACCACCCAGGGCAUUCUAGUGGAGUCCAACUGCGGGUCGUCUCCUCUCACCAUCUCACCCAUGGCUGCUGCCAAUGACCCCUGGCACAUGGACUCAGCUGGUGCUGUAUUCCCAUUCAAUGAGGAAAGAGUUAGCCGGGAUGGAGUUGAUCAGAACUCUGCAGUUAUCGGAGGUAUCAUUGCUGUGGUCAUCUUCAUCAUCCUCUGCACCCUGGUGUUCCUGAUUCGCCAUAUGUUCCGUCACAAGGGCUCCUACCACACCAAUGAGGCCAAAGGGGCGGAGUCUGCGGACUGUGCCGAUGCAGCCAUCAUUGUCAAUGAUCCUGCCUUCACAGAAACCAUCGAUGAGAGCAAGAAGGAGUGGUUCAUCUAAUUUCAUCUAAUUGGACAUUCACAUUUUGGUACUGGGCAGAGGUGUGCCCAUUGCUCUUCGCUGUGUGAAGGCAAGGCUUUCUUUGAUGAUGAUGAGUGAUGAAUGAAUAAUGUGUAAAUGGGGACUAGGGAGAUGUCCCCAUGGACUAGAUGUGUGCAUUGGCUGGCUUGUCUAUAAUGUAUUUACAUUGAGUGAGGAAUUUUGUCAACAUGAUAUCAGUCAUUCACAUGGAGCCAUUAUUUCAACCACUGCAUCCAUUGGACUGGGGGGGAAUGAUAUCACGUUUUAAUUUAUUUUUGCAUUACAGUUGAUAUGUCUUAAUGAUUUGAGCUUUGAUUGUAGAGAUGUUUAUGCCUGCAUUUAGUGGGUCAAGCACACACUGUACACUUCUAUUUCCUUUGCUGCCAAAUGAGUUGCUUAGAGACAAGAAUAUCCCUACACAGUUUAAAAAACAAAGGUUUAUGUCACAGACAUUGACAUUUGAUUGUAUUGUAUUGUAAUGUGUUGAUUUGAUUGCACUGCAGUCCUUUUUGUGUGUAUAAUACAAUGGCAUGCUUCAAGAUUAUGGCAUCCCUUCAUUGCACUAUUCCAGACAGUAGUGCUUGUAUUUCCUCACAAAUGUGUCUUUUAUCUCGACGGUUUUUCUUUUUUUGUACCAAAUUAUUCAGCGUGCUUUAUCUGUUUUGCCCAGUCUUGCUACAUAUGAUGAUGGUUCUUGAUGGAAAGAUUGUAAUCUGGUAUGAUAUGACAGGUUCACAUUUGGGGACAUUGUGACUUUUGAGAGGGAAUUGCUAUGAUAUUGUUAUGAAAAGGUUUAUUGUACAAACAAGCAUCAUAUCAGUUAUAGAAAUGACAAUAUCUGGCUUAAUCCAACGUGCCUUCAGGGUUCAGCCACUUAGCCUUCCGUGUUGGACUAUUUCAUUAUGGGCACACUGACUGUACCUUGAAUAUCUAACAAUAGAAAUACUCUAGGGCCAAUAGGGAUGUAUUUAUGAUGGUUGCUAUUUGCUAAAAGGAAAAUGUAAAGAACAUGGCUUAAGUUCAGCUGUCUCCAUGGACAGUGAUACACUAUACACAUUUAACUAAUGCCUGAACUUGUAUGUCUUUGUUGGUAUCAUGUGGUACUAUAGGUAAUAUUUUACUGUAUAUGAUUGUUUGAGUACAGUGAGGUUGUAUGUUUUAUGUCUAAUCAUUUUAUUUCCUUAUUUAUUUGCUUAUUUUCAGAAUGCCCCACAAUAUUAAACGGUUUUUCUCUUACAACUGCCAA